CUUCAGCGUCGUGUCAGACGAGUGUUAGCAACAGGUGUGGAGGUCAGGAACCAAAGCUCAAGUUGUCGUGGGAGGAUGCUUAGGUAUUGAAAACUCGAGAUAUCAUCAAGAUGAACCAGGAAGAAGUUUUGGCAAAACUGAAGAAGGACAUUCGUUCCUUGCUUAUUUCGUCUAAGUUGGGCUUAGAGGCUGAUCGGCUAAAGCGAGACUAUGUGACCAUGUUGGGGCAUCCCAUGCCCUUAAAACAACUGGGCUUCAGAAACAUCAUGGACAUGGUGAAGGACAUGCCUGACGUUGUGUCGGUUAACUUCAGGGUAGAUGGCAGCAUUCUUUUGCAAGCUAUAGGCAACGAUUCAACCCGAAGCAUCCAGGAGCUGGUAGCUAAGCAGCGCACAUCAAAGAAUGACAUGAAGUUCAAGAGGGGAAGGGUCAGCUACUUCUCCCCCCGGUACUGUUACAAGUACGUCCCUGUGGCUCUUCCCAGAAGAGGCCGUGCUCCUCCGGCUGUCCCUGCCCAGCUGAGGGCUCAGCUACGCAUCCUGCUCAGCCAGGGUCCCCUCAGGUUGUCCGACCUGGAGUCUAGCUACCUGCGCUGCUUCGGCCAGCCACUGCCUGUCCACAACUACGGCUUCUUCUCCACUGGAGAGAUGCUGGAGGGAUUGGCAGACCUGCUCCUUAUCGAGCAGGGCAGGUUGGGCUCAGUACUGACCCUGAGGGAACAUAUGGUGCCAAAGUCACUGCUCAAACCAUUUAGCACCCCUAAGAGGACUGGAUUCAUUAAGUCAGUAUCCCCUAGUAAUGACAAGCCAACCUCCAAAGGGCAAGAUACCAGAGCUCCGACACAAACAAUACCCCAAGCUAAAGUCCAAGUGAAGCAGAGUCCCCCGAAUCAGCGCACCUAUGAGAAUACCUUUUGCCCUGUUCAAAAAGAGUCAACGAAUGUCAGUAACAUGCCACAGGUGGUAGAGAAAAACCAUGAAGGGGACCCAGAGCUCUGUCAGGAAGGUCAGCUCUUUCAGAAACGUGUCCUCAAGCUGGAGGAGGAGCUUCGCCUGCAAAUACUGGAGAAUGGAGUCGCUGGCUCCAUCAGUCAGGAUCUGAAGGACAAGCUACGAAAGGUUGUAGGUCAGAGCAAUGGUGGAUUAUCUGUGCACGAUCUGCCUGCUGAGUACAAGAGGCUUUUUGGGGAGGACUUUCCACUGCUUCAGACCGGCUUUGUCAGUGUCACAGAACUGGUCAGUGCCAUGAGUGACACCUUCCACCUGAAACCUGUAGUGGGCAACAAUGUGCACUGGAUAGUCAUGGACAUACAGGACUGUGAUGAUACACAAUCAGUAGACUCAAAAGUGACUUUAAUGAACAGUUGGAAGUUGCCAGUUAAGAGCUACUAUUUCAGCUGUGGAGAGUCUCCUUGGGAAGGCCGACUGGAAGAAGACGAUGAGAAAUCCACAGCAGACGAGGAGAAAGAGGAUCUAGUAGAGACCAAUACCACUUUGAAGAGCAUCACAAUGAUGUCUCAGAUGUACCCUGCUAUUCAGGUCCACAGCAACCCUGCAGUGCCCCUGGACGCUCUGCAGAGUCAACGCCUCAAACCUCCGACACGCCAUCGAGACAGGGAGCUGGUGGAGGUCCUGGUGGAGCAGGCGGACUCCCCUGGACAUUUCUACAUCCGCUUCAGCGAGAACGAGGAGGCCCAAGCUAUGGAGGACAUGAUGAUUGAGAUGAGACGAUGUUACACCUGCCCUGAGGUGUCGAUGCGUUACCACCUCCCUGGACGAUUUGUACGAAGGGGUCAAGUCUGCUGCAUGUCGCCUAAAGGAAUGUGGUUCUACAGAGUGGUGAUCCAUCAGAUCAUCAGCCCCACUCAGGUUGAGGUGUACUCUAUCGACUUUGGCGAUAUGAUCGUGGUACAGAGCGCCAGCCUCAAGUUCCUCAAGUCAUGUUAUUCAAAUCUUCCAGCACAAGCUGUCCCGUCAUCACUCGCUGGAAUUAAACCCACCGCUGGCAGCUGGACUGCUGAGGCCAGGGCUGCCUUCCAGAAGCUGUUCUCUGAUCGCUCCCUGGUGGGCGCUCUGGAUGGUUACAGUGGAGAUGUGCUUCAGCUCUACCUGUGUGACACACACACUGAUAACGACGUCUAUAUCCACUCUGUCCUGCUGAGCCAGAGCCACGGGAUGUCCUGCAGCCCUACAGCGAGUGCAGCACUGUGUGACCAGAUCCAGCCAGUGAGUCUGUACCUGGGAAUGGGAAUGGGAAUGGUAGACCUUCCAGAGGUAGAAGAAGAGAUGGUCACUUUAUCCCCAAAGUCUCCAACAGAAGAGUCCAUGACGGCAUCAGUGAAGGUAACAGGAAGUCUCUUGGCUGAAGAUGGAGAGAUGCCCGACCUGGAGUUGAUUGAGCACAAGGAGGUCCGCCCCCAUGGCCAGGGUAUGGACACCAACCCGUUCAGCGCUCUGCUGAUUGAUCAAACCGUCAGCUACAGUGGCUCGUCCCUAAGCAACAAAUCGCCUCCCCCCGACCCCACCUGUCCCCCCCCCAGCUCCCUCACUCCUCCAGAUUUGAUCCUGACCCAGAAGACCCCAGCUCACUGUAAAGCUGACCUUCAAAUGCCGAGCAUGACUCCUACACCAACCCUGGUCCGACCCCCUCCCUCCCUCAGGACCCUGAGCCUCCACAUCCCUGACCUGUACCAAAUCAAUCACCACCCUCAGGGUCCAGUCUCUCCAUUCAGCCUGCGAAACAUCCUGUUCCCUGUGUUUGGUCGUACACCCCUGUCUGAAUGAGUCAAAACACAAAGGAAGGAACAUUUAUUCCUUAAAUUCCUGAAAGAUUUGUGAAUCCAUUUUGGUAAUAAUUUUGUCAGCAAGCAGUUGAGUUACUUAGUGACUUGUAUAUAAAGCGUUGAAGGCUAUUUUACAAGUUCAUUUUAAGAGAUACAGUUCUAUCUGUUUCAUUGUACAGUAGGUACAGUAGGUACAGUUAAGGCUUGACUUGAUAAAUAAAAGAAAUAGAUGGCUGUUAUUUUUUACAUGUGAAUAGAGCUGCAAAUGCUUUUUGUCUUUAAAAUAAUGCUUUCUUUGUUUGAGUUUCUCAGAAGCCAUCGAGAUGUCUGUAAUGUGUUCAAUUGUUAAUUUCCCUGUUAUAAUAUUAAUAUCGCUGUUCUGGAAUUAGUUAACAAGUUAAAACAAAUGAAAGUUAUGAUUAAUGCAAUUUUAUUUUUGAAAAUAAAUAUUGUUUGAUAUAA